UGAAACUUAUCCUCAUUCAAAGAGCUGCUGGACUUUUCUACUUUCCUUCAUAUUCCAUUCAGGGUCCGUGUCAACAAACAACAAACAUGUUCCGCUUCCUGCUAAACUUGGCCGUAAUCAGCAUGCUGCCUGGUGACGCUGCCACAAGCCACACCUUUACUAGUUCUGCAGAGCUGAACAUCACCCUCUGCCCCAUCACCUAUUAUGGUCAGAAAUAUGACAAAUUAUAUGUGAGCUUCACUGGAAACAAAUUUGCGGUUUGCUUUAAUGGCUUAUUCAAGCCAGGAACUGAAAAUGACUGCAUUGUGAUGUCCUCCGGGGCAGCGGACAGAGGGAAUUUGUUUAUUCUAACUAAAGAAAUACCUUUUGGAUCUGUGGUACAUAAACGUCUGCCAAGCCUUCAGCAUACUGGAAAAUGUGUCAACAUAAUGCUACUGACAGACCACCAACAAUCUGAGAUUGAACAAGUUGAACUUGGCAACUUUUGGAAGCACGCAGUUCUGGCAAUCAAGACAUUUUCUGGAUACAAAGAUACCCAUGUGGUGGCUGAUUUGCAGGUAAACGGGCUCACAGUUUCUAAACAGAAAUUCCUGUCAUCGAAGACCAGGAAAGGUGUCGUCAAAAACAUGAGUGGAUGCAGGCUCUCAGGAGGUGUUUACAAGUUAAAUACAAAAGUAAAGGAUCCAACCAUCUGCUCCACUGUGACCUGUCAUAUGAGUGGAGUUGCUGAUUCCAUAAGUUACUGUGGACGUAUGGAGCGUUGCCAUGGUGAUGGCAGCUGCAUCAUGAACACUGUGUGCUCCGUGACCGGCUCAACCGUCAUCGACUUUAUCGGCAGAGUUCACUUUGUCCCUGAUCGCUGUGCAUACACUCUGCUCAGGUCCUCAUUUAUCCCAGGUUUCCAGGUAUUGGGCUUCUUCCAGGAGAGACGGAGAAUUGACAGAAGUUUUCUGGAGCGAGUUGUAUUACAUCUGGAUACGGAAGGUGUUCAGAUUUCACUGGAACAAGGAGGCAGAGUCCUGUUAAACGACAGAGUCCUGAUGCUCAGUGCCAUGGUGCAGGUGUUCCAUGGCGUGGAGAUCUCUAAAGACCAGACAGGUGUGACUGUGAAGAUAUCUGCUUGUAGCUACACAAUUUCUGUCUUCUUUGAUGGCUACACAGCUUUAAUCCACAUGACAGGUUCAAGUGAAGGAACAGUCCACGGUUUGUGUGAUGAUUCCUAUGGGACCUUGUGUGAUGAUAAACUCUUAGAACACAGUGCUACUGACUGUGAGAUACAAUAUGAAGACACUGCUGACAGUUCGGUUGACUGCCACGCUGCCACUGAAAGGUGUAAUCUCCUCAUUCAGGCGCCAUUCACUGCUUGCAACACGUAUGUUGAUCCAAAGCCCUUCAUUACUGCCUGCAUAAAAAAUUUGUGCAGCUACCCUGCAGUGGAUGGCUUCAUGUGCCAGUUUCUGCAGGCUUAUUCCCAAACCUGCAGGUACUACAAUGUGACAGUGGAGAACUGGAGGUUAAAGAACAACUGCUCUUCUCGGGCCUUUUGCCAGGACCAGUUCUGCAGUGCUCAUGAGUUCUGUGGUGAGGGCAGUGGAAACGGAGAAACACGUUGCUACUGCAGGGCUUCAUUUGCCCACAAACACAAAACAACAAGCAGCUUCGGUGAUCCGAUUGUCUGUGGACAGAAAUUUGCUUCAGUAAAUCUGGCUAACUGUUUGUUAGUGGACGCAGGCAUCGACUACUCCGCCUUACACCUCAAUGACCAGGCCUGCAAAGGUAAAUUUGAUGAGCUGACCCACAUGGUGACGUUCAGCUUCAACAGCAGUAACACCUGUGGUGCCGUGAUCACGGCAAAUGAAAGCCAUAUUGUCUACACGAACACCAUUAUGAUGCAGAACAUCUCAUCUGCUAUAAUCACCCGUAAAGUCCAGGUCCAGGUGGACUUCUCCUGUUAUUACGUUCAGCCAGAUGUGAAAAGCUUUGCCAUCAGACUCAGACAGAGCUCUGUAAUUAAGCAGAUUACUUCCGGAGAAUGGGAUUACAAUCUGACCAUGGCUCACUCUGAAAGACCCACCUACGUGACAGCUUCUGAGCCAAAAACCAACUUUCAGCCAAAUGGAACAGUGUGGGUAGAGUUGAAGGCGAAUGGCUUGGAUGAAAAACUGGUUAUAGUGACUCAGUCCUGCUGGGUAACUGAUCAGCCUUCACCAGGUGGAAGUCAGAGAUCCUACCUCAUUGUUGAUGGGUGCUCUGCAGACCAGGCAGUGAAGAUGGCGUGCAACGGACAAGGAACAUCCAACUACUUCUCUUUGGAACCAUUAAAUGUCUCCAACAAAACUGAUUACAUUCACUUGUUCUGCAAAGUAGUGUUGUGUGUCAGGCAGAAGGACGCUUGUAUCCCAGAGUGCAGCAAUGCUGACAGAAGAUGUAGAACAGUAGGAUGACAACCCUGAAUGCAUCCCCAGGGUCUGGAGUUACCAGUCCGUGGACCCAGCCUUGUUUGGCCCACCUGGAGGACAGUCGCCACUUCAGAGAUGUAUUUCAGAGCAGUAUGUGGAAACCAGUUCACCACUGAGGAGUCCAGAAGAGAUGGAAAGUUUAGAUUCUUACUCUGCAUGUAGUUUGUUCACCUUUCUAUUUGAUAAUUUUGUGUCUCUAGAA